AUGAAAAUCCAUGCGCUUACUCUGGCGGCCCUCGUGUCGAGCGUGGCCCAGGUGUCUCAGGCCGCCACGGUACAGGGCUUCGACAUCUCCAACCACCAGGCAUCGGUGAACUUCGAUGCGGCCUACAAAAGCGGUGCUCGCUUCGUCUCCAUCAAAGCCACCGAAGGGACCGGGUUCCAAGACCCCAAGUUUAAUGCUCACUACCAGGGCGCAUCGAAUGCCAAACUGCUGCGCGGCGGCUACCACUUCGCGCUGCCGAACAAGUCCUCGGGCGCAGCGCAGGCCAAAUACUUCCUGGCGCACGGCGGCGGCUGGACCAAGGAUGGCCGCACCUUGCCCGGCAUGCUGGACAUCGAAUACAACCCCUACGGUGCCACGUGUUAUGGACUCAGCCAGUCCGCCAUGGUCGCCUGGGUGAACGACUUCAUCAAUACCUACCACGGCCAAACCGGCGUGUAUCCCCUGCUCUACACAACGACCGACUGGUGGACCAAGUGCACCGGCAAUGCUAAAGGAUUCGGCAACAAGACUCCCCUGGUGCUGGCGAAGUAUAGCAGUUCGGCGCCGACAAAUAUCCCUGGGGACUGGCCCACGUAUACCAUCUGGCAGAAUUCGGACAAGUACGCGUAUGGCGGCGAUUCGGACAUAUUCAAUGGGUCGUUGGACCAGUUGAUGAAGAUUGUUAAUGCAGGUUAA